AUGCCAAUUGGAACAUCCCAAUAUAGAUUAGUCUUUGGGAAAGCUUGUCAUUUGCCAGUUGAAUUAGAACACAAAGCUUUUUGGGCACUAAAAGCACUAAACUUUGAAUUAGCCUCUACUGAUAAAAAUAGAUUUUUUCAGGUUAAUGAGUUGGAAAAAAUGAGAUUGGAGGCCUAUGAAAAUGCAAAAAUUUUUAAAGAAAAAACAAAAAAAUGGCAUGACAAUUUGAUUCGAAUAAAAAGUUUUAAAAUUGGAGAUCAAGUGCUUCUUUACAAUAGUCGACCCAGGCUAUUCCCAGGAAAGUUAAAAUCAAGGUGGACAGGUCCUUACAAUGUAACAAAUGUUACUCCAUAUGGAGCAAUUGAAAUCCAACAGAACAAUGGAGGUGACAAGUUCAAGGUUACUAUACAACCAAGACAUCUUAUGAAGGCCUCUACAAAAAUAGAAUCACCUACACAGGAGCAACUCUAUGGUGAUCG